AUGAAUCGAAACAAAGACUUAGAUGAACUUCUCUUCAAAAAGAAUAAUGAUUUAAAAUAAGAUUUAGAGAAACCUCCAUAUCCUCACAUAGAUAUUACAAUAACAUCUUAUAGUGAAAUAUCUGAUGGAACUCCAAAUAAAUUUCCAAUUAAAAAAGUAUAUACAGAAUAAAAUUUUUGUUAACAUUAAAAAAAAAGAAUACUAACUUAAGAAGAAUAAAUUCAUUAAUAAAAUCUUAUGUAAGCAUCUAAUUCAAUUUUGGAAUCUAUGACACCAUAAAGAAUGAAUAAAUUAAUUGAUUGGUCAAAGUAUAAUGUAACACCUGGAGAUGGUAAAAAUAUCUUUCCUCAAGUUUCAGGACCAAGCAUUGAGUUUUCAAAUGAAAAUUCAUUAAAUUUUAAAUAACCGUAAAAACUUAAUUUAAACAGUGAUAUACUCUUAAAUAAGUAUAUUGAAAUUGAAGAGAGAUUAAAAUUAUUAUAAGCUAAACAUAAAGACUUUUCAACACUUGAGACAUUAAGAGGUAAAAAUCUUUAAAUUGCUUCGUAAAAAAUUGUUAGUUAGCAAGAAGUUAUAAAAGCAAAGGAUAAAAUUAUUGAUGAAUUAAAUUUAGAAAUUAAAAAGAUGAAAGAAAAUGAUGUUUAAAUUAAAGAUCUACUUUAAGUAAUUGAAUAAAAGGAUUAAAUUUUAAGUGAAUUCAAAAAUAAAGUUGAUUAAGAGAAAAUAAUUGAAAAUUAAGAACAAUAAAUUCAAAAUCUAACUAACAGAUUAAAAAAAGAAAUUGAAUACAGAAAAUAAGAUGAAAACAUGUUAUCUGAAAUGAAACUAAAAGAAAUUAAAAGAUCAAGUGUUUUUGAACACAAAAUUAAAUGUUAAGCUUGUUCCUAAAGUACAUAAGAAUUGAAAAAUAUAUUAUAAGAAUGUUCAAUUGAAGAUGAUCAGAAUAUUUUAGAUGGAGAUAUGUCAGUACCAAUGUAAAUUAGAGAAGUAGUUACCCUACUAUUAACAAAAUAAAGAGAAUAAAUAGAUAUAGCAUUCUAAUAAUAUGAAGAAUAGUUAAAAGAAUUAUCUGAUUAGAUUGAAUAUUUUAAAGAAUAAAAUAACAAUUUAAUUGAGGAAAAUAAUAAAUUACAAAAUUAAUUAUAGAUUAUUUUAAAUUAAAGAGGAGAAUAAGAAAAAAAAUUGUAUGAAGAAUUUGAAAAAGUAAAAAAGAUCAAUAUCCUUCUCAUUUAAGAAAAUUAAGAGUUUAAAUAAUAGUUUUAGUCUCCAAGAAGUAAAGACAUAAUAAAAUCUCUAGAUGUAGAGAAUUUAGGACAUUUCAAAUCUAUUUAAACUGAUAGAUCUGGUGUAAACAAUGAAAUGGGUCAAAUAAAAUAAUAAUUUUAAAAUCAAAUAAAGGAUUUACUCUUAAAAAUAUCAGAAUAAGAAAAGUAAAUAUAAUAAUUAAAGAAUGAUUCAUUUAGAAAUUUAUCUUCAUCUCAAAAGAAACAAAAUUAAUUAAAUUAAGUUUCAUAAAAUGAAAUGAAAUAAUAAUAACAAAAACUAAAAGAAAAAGAUAAAAAAAAUAUAGAACUUUAUUCAUAGAUUAAAUAACUAUAGUAGACAUAAAAAGAUAAUGAAUAAGUAAUUUAAGAAUUUAAAAAUGAGUUAGAGAAACAAAAAAAGAAACUUUAACUAAAAAAUAAUGAAGUUAAGCAAUUAAUAGAAUAGAAUAAACAAUUUUAAGAUAAAAAUACAGAUUUAAACCAGAAGAUUCUUCUUCUUCAAUAAUAAUUGAUUUAGUAGGAAUCUGAUUUAAAUAUAAUAAAUAUUAAAUAAUCUCCAAAUAAUAAGAGUAUGGAAUAAGAGAGAGUGGUUAGUUAAUAUUUAUAAUCAAAUUUGAAUUAGCAAUAAUUAAAUUAAUUAGUUGAUGAAUACAAGAGUUAUUAAUCAGAAUUUAUAGAUUUGAAACAAGUAUUUACAGAGAAACUGAGACAACAUGAAAUUUUAUAAAAUGUAUUAUUAAUAAUAAUAAUAAUUAGAAAAUAUAAAAGCUUCAACAAGACAAUAAUGAAUUGUUUUAGCAAAAUUAAAAGUUAAUAAUGGAAAAUCAGAGUCAUAAAAAUGAUAAAAUAACAAAAAGAAUAUCUGAAGAAAUUACAACAGGAGUAAGAUGUUCUGCAGCAACUCGAGAUUCUAUUAAUAUAAAAUCAUUUAUUUAAUAAGGAGAUGAGGAAUACUCAAAAAGAAAAUAAUUAAAUAUUUUAGAUCUAAUAUAACCUGAAUUAAUGUCUACUGAUGAAACUCUAUAUAUUCUAAAGGAAAUAUUGAUUCGAUCUGUAAAGUCUAUAGAGUUGAUAAAGAAAAUAUGUUAGAUAACUGAACUAAAAGAAUUGAUAUUCAUACUUUAAUAAGUGGAUGAAAAAUACUAGAGUUCCAAUAAAAAAUUGACAAAAGUGAUUAGUUGUAUUUUAGGAGAAAAAAGAAAAAUAAAAUAUACAAAUAGAAGUGAAAAAGCAGAUUUCUAUAAUUCUUGA